GAGGGAGGCUUGGCCUUUCAGCACCAGGGGGUCGUUAGUUAGCUGACUGCUCUGCCCCUGGGGAGGGGGUCAUCAUUAGGUGUUCCUACCCCUUCCCCUCCUCCAGCCCUCUCGGGACCCCAUCUGACGUCAGCCUCCCCACCAGUGACGCUGGGUUGGGGGUGGGGUACACUUGGGUCCUGGCUCCAAGAGUGGAAUUGGGGAGAUGGAAUGGGCUGGGCCUGGAAGCCCAGGGUCACUUCCUUAGGGGACGUGGUGGAAAGAGCACGUAAGGAUUGGUGAAGAAUAGCUGUCUGUUCACAGAAAGGAAGGAUUCUCACCCUUCGUGCCCUGAUUUCGGGAGCUCUUCAGCCCCUCACCUCAAUUUGAGGGGAAGGAGGGCAGGAAGCUGGUGUCCACCUCCUACUGGGGUUCCACCCAGGGUCAGCUGGGGGUGGGUGGUGGUGCUGAUUGGUGGGAAGGAAGGCUGUCUCACAUCCCUUCCACCAUAUCCAUCUUUUCCUGGACUUUGGGCUACCGUUGCCUGCCUGUCGUUGAAUUAUUUAUAUUUCCAUUUUGAGGCAGCCCAUAGAGGGAAGGAAGGGAAAGAGGGAUAUACGUGUUCAGCCAUUUCUCCUCACCAGUAUAGCCAGUUCCAUCCCUGGCUCCUCAUAGGGGUGGUUCUGCUCUUCCUCAUCAAGUACAUGCACAGGUUCUUCGGAGCCACGGAGGGAACAGGGGGCUAGAGAGGCUGGGAGGGGGCACAGUGGUCGGGCAGACAGCUGCAGCCAGAGCUAAAUUUAGCCUCUGAUCUGGCUUUGAUGCAGAUUCAUUUUUGGCUAAGGCAGCGCCCCCCCCCCCACUCCCCUCCCUACCCAGUUUCUCCCUAGCAAUGGCAAGGUCCCUUGAAGCAUGAACUUAGACCAGGACAACGACCCCUAGGCUUCCUCCCCCCACUCUGGGCUUCCUCACCCCUAGAGGGGGUGAUGCUUCCUCGCAGCUGCCUCUGCCCGGGCACAGCGCCUGCACGGCUCCCAGGGUGCCGCGGGGGUCUGUGCGGGAGGGGGAGGCAGACAUGGUGCCCUCUUCCUGCUCCCAGUGCCAGGGGGGUCACUAUUUAUAAUUUUAAGGCUUCGGUGUCUAAUUAUAACUGAGAAGGGGUUAGCAAGAGGGGGCCAGGCGGUGUCAGCUACCGAAUGUCCCAGGCCCAGUCAGGAGAGAAGAGGCCAAGUGAGAAGGCUUGGCAGGGGAGCGGGUGUGUCCUGUCCUUACCUGGGGUCAGCCAGUUUGGGCCAGCUGGAGGGGGAAAGGCCCUGAGCGACGGCGACAGCUGGGGGCACCGAGGCAGUGCCAGAGAGAGCGUUGUUUCCCCCAGCCCGCAGGGUCUUCUGGGGAUAGAUCAGGGGAGCAGCCUGCCGGCGCUGAGGGUGCAGGAUUGGGCCCCGUCCCCGACUUUUCUCUGUCUCCUUUCAGGGCCGGCAUAUGGGUGAGGGGGCACCCCCUGGGGCCUGAGCUGCCCCGCACAGGAUGCCCCGUGCCCCCCACUUCAUGCCCUUGCUGCUCCUGCUGUUGCUGUCACUCGCCCACACACGGGCUGCCUUUCCCCAGGACCCCCUCCCUCUGCUGACCUCUGACCUGCAAGGUACUUCCCCAUUAUCCUGGUUCCGGGGCCUGGAGGAGGAUGCUGUGGUUGCAGAACUUGGGCUGGACUUUCAGAGAUUCCUGACCUUGAACCGGACCUUGCUAGUGGCUGCCCGGGAUCACGUUUUCUCCUUCGAUCUUCAAGCCCAGGAAGAAGGGGAGGGGCUGGUGCCCAACAAGUAUCUAACAUGGCGGAGUCAAGACAUGGAGAACUGUGCUGUGCGGGGGAAGCUGACGGACGAGUGCCACAACUACAUUCGUGUUCUCGUUCCCUGGGACUCCCAGACACUCCUUGCCUGUGGAACAAACUCAUUCAGCCCCGUGUGCCGCAGCUACGGGGUAACGUCGCUGCAGCAGGAGGGUGAAGAGCUGAGUGGGCAGGCCCGAUGCCCCUUUGAUGCCGCCCAGUCCAACGUGGCUGUCUUUGCAGAGGGCAGCCUUUACUCAGCCACAGCCGCGGAUUUCCAGGCCAGUGAUGCUGUGGUCUACAGAAGCCUUGGGCCUCAGCCCCCACUCCGCUCUGCCAAGUACGACUCCAAGUGGCUCAGAGAGCCACACUUUGUCCACGCCUUGGAGCAUGGAGACCAUGUCUACUUCUUCUUCCGAGAGGUCUCUGUGGAGGAUGCCCGGCUGGGAAGGGUACAGUUCUCCCGAGUGGCCCGUGUGUGUAAGCGUGACAUGGGUGGCUCGCCUCGGGCCUUGGACCGCCACUGGACAUCCUUCCUGAAGCUGAGGCUCAACUGCUCUGUCCCUGGGGACUCUACCUUCUAUUUUGACGUCUUACAGGCCUUGACUGGGCCUGUGGACUUGUAUGGCCGCUCUGCUCUCUUUGGGGUCUUCUCCACCCAGACCAAUAGCAUCCCUGGCUCUGCGGUCUGUGCCUUCUACCUGGAUGAUAUCGAGCGUGGGUUUGAGGGCAAGUUCAAGGAGCAGAGGAGUCUGGAUGGGGCCUGGACACCUGUGUCUGAGGACAGGGUUCCAUCCCCCAGGCCAGGAUCCUGUGCAGGAGUAGGUGUGGCUGCCUUGUUCCCCUCUUCUCGAGACCUCCCCGAUGACGUCCUGACCUUCAUCAAGGCUCACCCACUGCUGGACCCCGCUGUGCCACCUGCCACCCAUCAACCUCUGCUCACCCUCACCAGCAGGGCGCUACUGACCCAGUUAGCUGUGGAUGGUAGGGCUGGUCCCUACAGUAACACCACAGUCCUGUUCCUGGGCUCCAACGAUGGGACCGUGCUGAAGGUGCUGCCCCCAGGGGGGCCAUCUGGCAGACGUGAGCCCAUCCUGUUGGAAGAAAUCAAUGCCUACAGCCCCUCCAGGUGCCGUGGGAAGCGGGCCGCCCAGACAGCACGGCGGGUCAUAGGGCUGGAGCUGGACACUGAAGGUCACAGGCUCUUUGUGGCUUUUUCUGGCUGCAUCAUCUACCUCCCUCUCAGCCGGUGUGCCCGGCACGGGGCCUGUCGGAGGAGCUGUCUGGCUUCUCAGGACCCAUACUGUGGAUGGCACAGCUCCAGAGGCUGUGUGGAUAUCAGGGGACCUGGUGGGACUGAUGUGGAUCCAGCUGGGAACCAGGAACCCACGGAGCACAGCGACUGCCAAGAUGGAGCCACUGGGAGUCAGUCUGGCACAGGCGAUUCUGCUUAUGUGCUUCUGGGUCCUGGCCCUUCCCCUGAGACCCCCAGCCCCCCCAGUGAUGCCCACCCCCGGCCCCAGUCUUCCACUCUUGGAGCUCACACUCAGGGCGUGCGCCGGGACCUCCCCCCAGCCUCAGCCUCCCUCUCCGUCCCCAUCACACUCCUCCUGGCCUGUGCUGCUGCAGCCUUCGCCCUGGGCGCCUCAGUCUCCGGCCUCCUGGUCUCCUGCGCUUGUCGCCGAGCCCACAGACGUCGGAGCAAGGACGUCGAGACGCCGGGGCUCCCGCGCCCUCUCUCCCUUCGCAGCUUGGCCCGGCUGCACGGUGCGGGCCCAGAGCUGCCGCCGUGCAAGGAUGGAGACGGGGCGCAGCCGCCCCAGCUCUACACCACCUUCCUGCCUCCCCCCGAGGGCGUAGCCCCGCCGGAGCUGGCCUGCCUGCCCACGCCGGAGUCCACGCCCGAGCUGCCGGUCAAGCACCUACGCCACGCUGGGGGCCCCUGGGAGUGGAACGAGAACCGGAACAACGCCAAGGAGGGCCCCGGCCGCGCGCGGGGCGGAAACGCAGCGGGCGGCCCCGCGCCGCGCGUGCUGGUGAGGCCGCCGCCGCCGGGCUGUCCCGGGCAGGCCGUGGAAGUCACCACCUUGGAGGAACUGCUGCGCUACCUGCACGGCCCGCAGCCGCCCAGGAAGGGGGCCGAGCCCCCGGCCGUGGCGGCCUUUACCUCGCGGGCGCUCCCGCCGGAGCCGAUCCCCACCCCCACCCUCUUUGCGGGCUCCAGCCUCCUCCCCCGGGAGUGUGGUCCGCCGCUGAGGCUGGACGUGCCCCCCGAGGGGAAGUGCGCGGCGCCCUCCAUCCGGCCCGCGCUCUCCGACCCGGCUCCCCGGCUAGGGGUCGGGAGCAGCCGGAGGAUGCCCUUAACCACGCACCGUGCACCCCCCGCCCUGCUCACUCGGGUCCCCUCAGGGGGCCCUUCCAGGUACUGCGGGGGUCCCGGGAGACAUCUCCUGUACCUGGGCCGGCCGGAGGGGUAUCGGGGCCGCGCUCUGAAGAGGGUGGACGUCGAGAAGCCCCAGCUGCCCCCGAAGCCUCUCGUCUCACCCUCCUCCCAGCCGGCUCUCCCCAACGGCAGCCAUUUUAACUUUUAAAAGGAGCUGCGCCACGUCCUCCAAUGGCGCCCUUGAGGCCCGUGCCCUCAAAGGCCAAGAGCAUGGACGCAUCUCCAAGGACAGAUCCCCUCCCUCUCUCCGUGUUCCACACCUCCAGCCUUCCUGGACUCUGAGAGUCUCCCGGGGUCCCAGCCCGCCUCGGGUUUAUUUAUUGACUGUCUUUUCCCCCUGUCCUCGAGAGAGGAGUGGGAGGUGAGAAGCUCGCCCCCUCAGUGAGCCAGCUUUUCGGGGGGGAACUGGCGCACUCCCACCCCCCCCCCCCUCCCUCAGCCAAGCUGCCUUAACUCGCCCCUCCGGGCUUCCUCCAUAGACUGGGCCGCGGGCGGGCCGCAGGGCGGACGGACAGACCGACGGGGCUGGGGCCGCGCGCGCGUUGUGUACAGAGUCCUCGGGCCUCCCGGGACGUGCCUCCUCCUACUGUGUAGGAGCCUCCGCUUCCCAAUACAGCUGUGUCCCCGA